CCCUGCAGUAUCACAAGACAACAGCUAGCAGCAAAAAACUUGUUUGUGUUUGGGAAUCAAAGAAAAGCUCGGCUUAUUCAAAAUAAUCAGAGUCUGCGGUUUCAGUGUAAUGAAGGAUAUGUGCUUGUGGUUCCAUCAAUCAGAAAGUGUGUUGACGGUUACAUGGAUUUGCCUUUAUGUAUCUCUGAGAGAGGAAAAAACUGCAGUGGUCCACCCAGGACUGAGAACGGAGACAUUAUUACUUUAUCUAAGAAGCAGUACAGAUCUGGCUCUUCAGUAGAAUUCAGAUGCCAAACAUAUUAUGCCAUGGAGGGCCAGAACAGAUCUUUUUGUAACAAUGGGACCUGGACAAAGGUGCCCAAUUGCCUUGAUCCCUGUAUGAUCCCCAGGACUGAACUGGAAAGCCAGAAGAUAGAAGUUAAAGAUGAAAUCGAUGCACCUGAAAAUAUAUUUGUGCAACAUGGUCAUUCUAUUGAGCUCACCUGUAGAACAGGAUAUGUCCUGGCAGCAAAUUCUUCCCAAUCGGCUUUUGUCAUCCAUUGUAACGGGACACCACCAGUGAUUCCUAAAUGCAAAGAAAUUACAUGCAACUCUCCAAGAAUAUCUAAUGGUACUUUCCGACCUCAAAGAACUAUAUAUCAUGAUGGGGAUCUAAUUCGAAUUCAGUGUGACAGUGGAUUUACUUUUGAUCCAGAUAAUGGAGAAAAGGUGGUUGAAUGCACAAAGAAUGGAUGGUCACCUCCACCAAAAUGUAUCAGAAAGGGCUGUGACUAUAUCCGUAUAGAAAAUGGAAGAAUGGCUGAACAUUUUGAACGGUAUAAACCAUUUCCAAUCAGGGAGGGACAAUCAAUUCAGUUUUAUUGUUCUGAAGGUUUUCUGCCUAAAGACAAGCAAACAUGGCAAACAGCAAAGUGCAUCAGUUCACGCUAUGACCCAGAACCAAAGUGUUUCAAAAUGUGUGAUCCUUCUAAACGUUUUUAUUAUGGUCACAUCAUUUAUCAAUACUGGAGCAAUUACAUAGAAGGUGACAACGUUACAUUUGAUUGUAAUAUGGGAUAUUCUCCUGCAAACCAGCAAUCAUCAAUUACUUGCACAAAAAAGGGAUGGUCACCUGCUCCAAGAUGUAAGCUUUUCCGGCCAGCAGUUGAACACACUUGUACGAAGAUUUCUCUAUCCCAUGGAAAUUUUGGAUCGCAGCAACAGAGUUUUCAGAUCAAUGCUAAAGCAAAAUAUAUUUGUCAUGAUGGCUAUACAACGUCAAAAGGAGAGACUGAGGCAGAGACACAGUGCCUUACAGAGGGCUGGAGCCCAGAGCCAGAAUGUAUCAAUAAACCUAAGCAAAUGAACAAUAGGACACAUACCACACCCUUUGAACCAGAAGAUGAAUAUCCGGGUGCCGUCAGCCAAACAAUGUUGACUGGCGGCCCCCAGGGGGAGAGCCUUCUCUGUGGGAGCACCUACUAUCUGGAAUGAGCUCCCCCCGGAGAUACGGAGGAUCCCGGAUCUGCGUACCUUCCAUCACGCGCUUAAGACGUUCCUAUUUCAUCAAGCUGGCCUGACCUAAAUUUUCCUCUUUUAAGUGGGAAUUUUUAAAUUUGGUUUUAAAUUAUUGGGGUUUUAAAAUGGUUCAGCCAAAUUUAUUUAAUUGGUUUUAUCUCUAUUUUAAAUGUUGUAUCUAUAUGUUUUAUUUUAUGGCUGUUCACCGCCCUGAGUCCUUCGGGAGUAGGGCGGUAUACAAAUUUAAUUAAAUAAAUAAAUAAAUAAAAAUAAAUAUCUGGAGUCGUAUAUUAUUUUCUUUCAUAUGAUCCCAUUUAGCUGGAUUGUAUAUACACAGUUAUAAACAGUAGAUCCGAAUCUAAAAGUCUAUUUUGUAAAAGAUAGAUUUUACCAACUGUAAUUACUGGGAAAAUAAUAACAUUUAAAAAUAAACUUAUAGACCACCUUUAAGGCAGAUAAAAUUUUACAGUAUAAUAUUAUAAAUAACUUUUUAAAUAUGUAUCUGGAGUGAGAAAUGAAGAAUUUUUUCUAUAUACUGUAAUUUUACCUUUAAACAUUUGAUUAAUCUGAACAAUUAAUCAGCAGUCCAUCUUAAAGCAAUGACAAUAGAUAAUUGUAGUUGAUAUGUUUAGCAUAUGGAUUCUUGAAUUCUUCAAACAAUAAAAGAAAUCCAAAAAUGA